AUGAUCGCAAAAGGAAACUCGCCCAAGCCCGAAAUCCCUCGAAAGUACAAGGCCGUCAUCUAUGACAAGCCAGGGUCUAUCUCGACCAAGAUCGUCGAGCUCGAUGUUCCCGAGCCGGGGUACGGGGAGGUGCUUAUCAAUCUGACACACUCCGGCGUCUGUCAUUCCGACCUGGGUGUCAUGACAAACACGUGGAAAACACUCCCCCACCCAACCCAACCCGGCCAGGUAGGUGGCCACGAAGGCGUAGGCCACGUCGUCAAGCUAGGUCCUGGCACGGAGUCCUCCCGUCUGAAGAUCGGCGACAGGGUCGGAAUCAAAUGGAUUGCUAGCGCUUGUGCCAAUUGCUUGGCCUGUCUUUCCGGCUCGGAUGGCCUCUGCUUCAACCAGAAGAUCUCGGGAUACUACACUCCCGGCACCUUCCAGCAGUAUGUCCUGGGCCCAGCCCACUAUGUCACGCCUAUCCCCGACGGUCUGUCUUCGGCCGAUGCCGCACCGAUGCUCUGCGCCGGCGUCACCGUCUACGCGGCCCUCAAACGCAGCAAGGCCCAGCCAGGCGACUGGGUGGUCAUCUCCGGGGCGGGCGGCGGCCUGGGCCAUCUCGCCUGCCAGCUGGCCAGCAGGGGCAUGGGGUUCCGGGUGAUCGGAAUCGACCACGGCAGCAAGGAGGAGCUGGUCAGGGCAUCGGGCGCAGAGCACUUUGUGGACGUGACCAAGUUCUCUGGUCCCAAGGAUAACAUUGCCAGCCACGUCAAGUCGCUGACGAGCGACGGGCUGGGGGCGCACGCAGUCCUCGUGUGCACGGCGGCCAAUGCCGCGUACGCGCAGUCGGUGGGAUUCCUCCGGUUCAACGGGACGGUGGUCUGCGUCGGGAUCCCCGAGGGCGAGCUGGUCCCGAUAGCGAGCGCAGCGCCGGGCCCGAUAAUCGCGGGACAGUACACCAUCACGGGGUCAGCGGUUGGCAAUCGCAAGGACGCGCUGGAGACGAUGGAGUAUGCGGCGCGGGGGGUCAUCAAGGCGCACUAUCAGAUUGAGAAGAUGGAGAAUCUGACCAGUGUGUUUGAGCGGAUGAACCGGGGGGAGUUGCAGGGGCGGGUUGUGCUGGAUUUGUCGUAA